UAUGGAGAUUGCGAUUAUUGGGAUGAGCGAUAUUCACGGGAGCCUGCCGCAUUCGACUGGUAUCAAGGCUUCAAUGGGCUCCAAUCCAUACUUCACCAAGCCUUUCCCUUGCAUACUACCUUACUACAGGUGGGCGUCGGCAGCUCCCGGCUGCAAGAGGACAUGGCUCGGGCGGGCUGGCGCCUCAUCAUCAACAUAGAUUACAGCCGCGUGGUAAUCAACCACAUGGCAGAUCUCCACAAGGGAGUGCGCGCUCUCGAGUACCGCGUGGCGGACGCCAGGCACAUGCCGGAGUUCACAGAUUGUAGCUUUGAGGGGGUCAUCGAUAAGGGCACUCUGGAUGCAAUCCUGUGCGGAGAACGGGGCGCCCAAGACGCAACCGCGAUGCUGGCGGAGUGCUUCAGAGUGCUCAAGCCAGGCUUUGCUUUCAUGCUCGUCACGUACGGCGACCCGGCCAGCCGGCUGCCGUACCUGGAGGAGGUUGUUGGCUGGGACAUUGUCGUAUACGCGCUGACUAAGCAGGAGGUUCUGGAGGCCAUGGAUGCGGAUCCCGUGGUGCGACCCUUAAUCAAAGGUACGGCAUGGUUGGUUGAGUUCAGGUUGCGUUUCGGGCGGGACACGUUUCCUGUGUUUUCCCGCUCUGCGGAAGAAAAGGAGGAGGAGAGGCAGAGGAGGAGAGGAGGAGGAGGAGGAAAAAAAUGA